AUGUCCGAAGAAAAGAGGUACAAUGAGCUUCUGCGUGAAGCCGACUCGGUACGACGACUCGCCUUCACCGGUGUCGCUGUAUCAGUUGUCGCUGUAUGUGUUGCAUCAUUAGUCAUCCCUAUGCUCUACAGUUACACAAUGGUCGUACAAAGCGGUCUCCAAGAGGAAUUGCUCUUCUGUCAACACAGAACUCAGAAUUUGUUCGGAGAAUUUGACAGAGUAAGGGAUUUGUAUAUAGUUUUAGGUUUUGGCAUAAGUUUUUAAGGUUUCAGAUCAUUUUAGUAGUCUCUUGAAGUAGAACAAAAACUUUUUACCCUAAAAUAUUAUUUUACAUCUUUUCAGUUCGAAAAAACCCACAGAAAAGGCUCGUACCGUGCCAAGAGAGCUGUCAACGGCCGCUUCUUCAUCGCCGGUGGCCGCAACAGCCUCUCCCAGGCAUCUUUCGCUCACUCUGGGAUCAGACGUUUCGGCCGUGCCGAUUCCUAUGCCAACCAAGCUGCCGGCUACUCUGCUGCUGGAGUCAACUCUCAACCCGACUAUGCUCCACCAGCUGCCGCCACCAUCGCUCCGGCUCCAGAAAACAACGCCGGAAACUACGAUGGAGCGGACUCGGCCCCAGCCCCACCUCCACACAGUCCACCAGCUUCGGCCGCCUAUGGUGGAGAAGAAGCCGCUGCCCACGAAGAGCCAGCUUCUGAAGCUCCGGCCACUGAAGCUCCAGCCACCGAGGCUCCAGCUACUGAAGCCCCAACUACUAAUGCUCCAACUACACCAGCUCAUCAAGAAAGCAACGAUGCUCAAUGUUCGUGCGGAGCUGGAGCUGCUGGACCUCCAGGACCACCAGGACCUGAUGGUGAAGAUGGUAAGAGAAUAAUUUUUUUAAAAAGAUUAAAAAAGAAAAUUUUGAAGUUAAAAGGCCCUAGAAAGCUACCUUUUUGCCUUAUCAAUAGGCCUAAUAACACAACUUUUUUAAUUUUUAGUACGAAUAAGCUAAAGUAAUGUAAAACCUUUUGAUACUAAGUUAAUGUCAUUACACAAACAAAGGAAACUCUUUUUUCAUUUACGGCGCUUCGACUUCUUUUGAGGCUAAACCAGUCGAACCGGUUUAACCCGAAAUCCCGCCGGAAAUUCCAAAAAAAGAAUCUUUAACAAGUCGCUUCCUCAUGAUCUUACAUUCGAGAUGUGAGAAAACAUAACUUUAGGUAAAAUAAUGAAAGAAACAGCCUUUUACAAUGUCCUUUGAUCAGUAUCAGCCAUAUAUAGUACUCUUUUUUUGAAUUUAACACCUUGCAUACCUAACAUAACAUAAAUAAGCUUACAAUACUUUUCUAACCGUAUAUCAUCUUACUGUACUUUUAACUCUUCAAAACCUUUUUAGGAAAAGACGGAGAGCCAGGAAAGAACGGUGAGAACGGCGGAGAUGCUCCACAAGACGCUUCUCAAGCUCCACCAGAACCAUGCUUCAAGUGCGACGAUGUCCCAGCUGGCCCAGCCGGAGCUCCAGGACCAAAGGGACCAAACGGACAACCAGGAAAGAACGGCGAAGACGGCAAAGCCGGAGCCCCAGGAACUGCUGGCCCAGUUGGCCCAGCUGGUACACCCGGAACUCCAGGACCAGCCGGAGAACCAGGAGCCAAAGGACAACCAGGAGUACUAUCCGACGUUCCCGGCAGGCCCGGUCCACCAGGAUCUGCUGGACCAGCCGGACCUGCUGGUACACCCGGUUCAGCCGGAGAGCCAGGAAAAGCACAACCUGGACCACAAGGACCACCCGGAGAUGCGGGCAAAGAUGGUUCUCCUGGUGCCCCAGGUGCUCCCGGAGAGGCCGGUCCACAAGGAGAGGCCGGAGCUGGCGGAGAGUGCUCGCACUGUCCUCCACCACGUACUGCUCCAGGCUACUAG